AUGGGAUCACAAGAAGCCUACGGACCAGUUCCGACGCGGUUACGGCAGAUUGCUCUUGUCGCCAAGGAUCUUGAGCAAGCAAAACAACUACUUACAUACGUUGUAGGUACUGAAGUCGUAUGUGAAGAUGCUGCUGUCAGCCAAUGGGGACUGAAAAAUUUCCUGAUUCCUCUCGGCGGCGAUUUCAUCGAAGUUGUCUCACCCUUCAAAGCAAACACGACUGCCGGACGACUUCUCGAGAAGCGUGGUGAUGGAGGAUAUAUGGUCAUCAUGCAGACCGUGGACGCGAAGAAACGGCGGGAGCACAUCGAAGCAAGGGGAUUGGCCAAAGUCAUCUUCGAGCAUGACCAUGGCGACGCUGUGUGCGUGCAAUACCAUCCCAAGGGCGUGAAAGGCGGAGUCAUACCUGAACUUGACAGCCACGCGUCUGGCCCCAACAACCCAACGCCUCUAAAUUCGCGCUUCUCGCCAUGGCAUGCGUGUGGCUCAGAUUAUCAAGUGUACUACCCCGGCAUGUACCGCUCAAGGCAUCUUAAUCUCCAAGGCUGUGUCCUGCGACUACAACCAGGCGAUUAUGGGCAUGAAGACGCAGCGCGGCAAUGGGAAGAGAUGUUUGGCGUGGCGCGAAGUAGAGAUCUGUCAGCAUUCACCAACGCCAGGCUAGGGUUUGUUCCGGGGAGAGAGGGGCAACCAGAGGGAUUGGUCUCGAUAUCAGUCGGCGUGAAUGGUAAAGAGACACUGGAUUGCAUUCACGAAAGAGCAAGGGAAGCAGGUGCGUUUCAAAACGGAUGUAUUGAGAUGUGCGGGAUCAAGUGGGUCUUCUCUUUGACAGGGCAUAGCGAGUUGAAGCUAUAG